CUUGUGAGGAAAAAUCAAUACCAAUCCAGACGUAGUGGCGUUUGGCUCGGUAUCGCUACAUAAAUGAAAUAAAUUUUUGAUUUUGUAUAAAGAAAAUCGUCCGAAUGACAUUCUAAGAAACAUUAAAUAGUUGUGAAUGGUAGCUCCGAGAAAAAUAAAGAAUUUGUAUGAGUUGAAAUAUAGUGUUUAAAUUCUUGCGAUAAUCGUUCAAGUGUACUAGCGGAUAAUAUUGAAUGGUGGUUAUCAAUUUUGAACGGCACAUAUUUUAGCAUUAGUUUGGCCUGCAGAUGGAUUACGGAAUUGCACCCUACCAAUCAAAGUUAAAAGGAUAAAUCGACGUCGGUGUUAGUGCGCCCCAUACCACCCCAGUCGAGUGCGAAUCGCUACGAGAAGUAGGGGAUGAAAAAAUAAACUAUAAACUCCAACAACAUUAAUGAAAAUGUAUGGUGGUAAUACUAUCCUUUCAGCAAACGUUUAAUACGCCGUUACAUAUUGUGAAACAGAGUAGGAUAUGCUGUAACAUGCGUUCAUUCAAAGCGGACCGAAUUGUUUUGCUUUUUAUUUAGUUACUUAAGCUUACAAGCUGUGGCGCGAAACACAAAAGCGGUUUGAAUCCAAUUGUUAAAUUGCUUGAAUUUUAGUGAAUCAACACAUCAACAUCUUCAUAAAUUAGCGCUGCAUAGAAGAUAGUGGCAGUGCGAGUGAUAAUCGAAUUAAAAAAACGCCCCUUUUCAUCGCAGAUUCAGCUUUGGAAAGAACACCGCAAUAUGAUUAUGAAUUGUAUAUUCGAUAACUAAAACUUAAAUUGUGUAACGUUAUGUGGACAUCAUAAAGUGAAAGAAAAAAAGAACUAAACAUUUUAUCUUGAGUUAGAUUUGUUCGUUACAAUAGUGAAAAGGAAAUAUCAUUUUCAGAUACUUAAGUGAACGCUUCGGAUUACUAUGGAAGGAUUGGCUUACGUAUUGAUGUUGAUUUUAUUCAAUGCUGUUCCGAAUAGCAAUGGCACUCCGUUGAAGGUGCGUACUUGUUUGCAGUAUGGAACGACUUCUGCUACCAACACGAAUAGUCAGUACAACCAAGAUGGCAUGGAUGAUUACGAUAGCUAUGAUGAUUCUGCAGAUCCUACAGACUUCUCACUGUUGGACAAAAACACGUCAACUGUAGUUGCAUGUGCACGUUAUGCGACUUUUUGCUAUGCGUUGUGGACGUUUGAUGCGACGAAGAACACAUCCAAAGUUGUAGUUCAAGGUUGCUGGGAGUUGUCGGACAAGAAAGAGACAUGCCAUAGCAAUGAAUGUGUUAGUCAUAAGGAAACACAAAGCGGACAUUACUUCUGUUGUUGCUCGGGUGACAAUUGCAACGGUAACUUCAGCUAUACCUCCGGUCCAAUCGUACCGGAAAGCGUCGGCUCGGGUUCUGAAAGCGAGUAUACCCCAUUUGCUCCGUAUACGUCGAUAUGGAGCUCUCCGACGGUUUACAUAUGUUUCGUUAUGGUUGGUAUCAUUCUAAUGUUGAUAAUCGGAUUUUUGACAUGUCGGAAGACAUCGAAAGCAGUUUCAGAACUGGCCCCGCUGGAACCUUCUGGGCCAGGUUACAGUUCCAAUUUAUACAAUGUAGAUAACUUAAAACUGGUUUCAAUGAUUGGUCAGGGCAAAUACGGUACCGUUUGGAAGGGUAUCGUCAACGAACAGCUUGUAGCAGUGAAACUGUUCACUGCUCAACAUCGUCAAUAUUUUUUGAACGAAAAGGAUAUCUAUACAAUUCCUCUCAUGGAAUCGCCUUCACUGUUAACCUAUUUUGGGUGUGAUGAACGCCGCACGAUGGACGGUCGUAUAGAGUAUCUUUUGGUGCUUUCAUUGGCUCCACUAGGAUGUCUACAGGAUUGGUUAACUGAUAACCAGAUGGAUUUCAAUGUGUUUUGUCGAAUGAGCAAAUCGAUCGCCAAUGGGCUUGCUCAUAUGCACACAGAGAUUCGAAAAGGAGAUUUGAUUAAACCUUGCGUAUGCCAUCGUGAUCUUAACUCACGAAAUGUCCUGGUGAAACCUGAUCUUUCUUGUUGCAUAUGUGAUCUCGGAUUUGCAAUGAAAACAUUUGGACCGCGUUACGAAUGCAGAGGCGAAAUAGCUUUGGCCGAAACAAAAAGCAUAAAUGAGGUGGGAACUUUGCGCUAUAUGGCACCGGAGGUGUUAGAAGGGGCGGUAAAUUUGCGGGAUUGUGAAUCAGCGUUAAAACAAAUAGACGUCUACUCACUAGGUUUGGUAAUAUGGGAAUUAGCGACACGAUGCGAGGAUUUUUAUCCAGAUCAGAACUCUGUGCCCGACUAUAAAGCACCAUACGAAGAAGAAAUUGGUACCAAUCCAAACUUUGAACAGAUGCAAGUGCUGGUAUCAAGAAAUAAAGCUCGACCAAGAUUCUCCAGUAACUAUGAGAAUAGUACUGCUGCUAAGGUAGUUAAAGAUACUUGUGAAGAUUGCUGGGAUCACGAUGCUGAAGCUCGUUUAACUGCACUUUGUGUCCAAGAACGUAUUCAAGAAAUCACAACGAUGAAUCCUAAGGUACAACUGCACAAAGGUCAAACACCUACAUUAAACACGAACAACCUAAUUAUUUCACCUCCUGCGUCAUACGCAAAAGUCAAUCCAACGGCUCUUUCAUUCAUGACACCGCCUAAUCAACAAAUUGUUCCACAGAGUCACCAUUAUUGCGAUUCUACCAGCACUUCAGUAGCACAUCCCAAAAUCAUAAACGUUCCUUUGAAGUCUCGGGAUUCAACUAUUCCGAAUGGUGUGCAAAAACAUAAUAUUAACGAUGCUUACAUUCCGGACGACGAAGAUAGAUUCAAAUCGAUUACUAACGAUAAUAAUACAAACGUUACAUUUCGUUAUCCGCGUGUGCUUCCCAAGCUGGAAAACAAUGAAGCUCAUCAUAAAAUAAAAGGUUUGAAUAGUGUUAAAGCGAUGUUACAGAAAACUUUUCAGAAAACCAACGCUUACGUCCAGCAGGACUGUGACGAUAAAUCCAAUUUAGUCGAAAAAUCUCACAUUUCAAAAGUUAAUGCGGAUAAGACACUUUCCAAGCAAGUCAACGUAAACUCAGCGAAUCCUCACAUAACGCUAAUAAAUGCGGCAGAUAAUGAUAUUGAAAAGAAGUUAACGGAGCGCCCCAGUAAUCUGGAUCUUAGUAGUAGUAAUGGUGGACGUUACGAACACAAUCUCAUUCGUUCGUUGAAUUCGAAAUUUAAAACAUUAACUGAUGACUUCACCAGUCAAACAUUUACCAUGAUCCAAUCCGAUUCGUCGAAUCCAAAACUUCGUAUUGUUGUUUCUAAAUCCGCAAACGCAGUUAAGAAUUUAAAUACUAGCCGAUCCAGUCUCUCUGAUCAGAAUCAUAAUGACAGUAAACACAUGAAACGACAGCGUUCACUGGAAGUAUUCCAUGAAGUUUUUGGACCCAAAGGCAGCAUUGAACGACUGCGGAAUCCAAGUCAACGAGUAAAAACUCCUGGUGACGUACCACCUUCGGUACGCAAAGUUCGAGCUUCGAAGACCCUCUCACUGUACGACGAUCGAAUGAUGGAUACUAGUAAGUUUGCCAACUCCGUAUAGCAUGAGGAGGUUCUUCUGCUGGAGCUUUAAACAAGAAGCCACAGUGAGAGGGUAGACAGAAAGCCAUACAAAGACUUAGUAAGUGAUAGGUUUAAUAAAAAGUGACGUACAGAAAUGGGAGAUUCUCAAUCGACUCAGUUUGAAAGUAGUAUAUUUAGAUUUCUUUUGGAAAAUCUAUUAUAUAAUCAUAAUUGAGAAAUUUAUACAGGUUUGUGUUUGAAGUAUUCCAUUUUGGAAGUAAAAUAAUAUUCAUUAAUAUAAAUGAAUGAGUAUGAAACCCUUUUUUCAUAUAAUCGAGUGAUGAAAGCAAAAUAGAUUUAAGCUUUUAGUCAAAUGAUCAGUAUGUUCAAACCUAUUCAGAAACAUUCAGAAUCAAUUCACAAGGAAUAAUUGAGAUAAACUUGGUAAGCGCACUCAAAGUAUUAGCAUAAGUAUAAAACAUUAAGUAUAUUAUAGCACAUAAAUAUAAAUUUAAGGUAUUACAAAUGAAAA